CUUCAGCAAGGUGUUGCAGUAGCGCGAGCUGAGCUGCCGCCGCCGGGCGCCGUCGGCACUUCCUCCUCCCUCCCACUGAAGGACUACUCCGCUCGGGUUCUGGUCUCCGAACUCUUUAUACCCCAGCUCGCACGAGCCCUGCAUGAUCCAAACAUGAGCACCCUGCGGGCGUAUAAGGAACCCUUCGACCGAAGCAGCUCGGAACCUGUGGAGGACACAGACACCACCAGCUUUGUUGCAGAAUUUUCGUUGGAGGCCAAUUAUCCAGUGCAGGUGACAGAUCCUAACGCAGAUGCUGUGACCCUCCACCUGAGCUCCAUGCCCUCUGGAUACCUGAGGUCUUCUGCAGACAGAAUCAGACAGCCAGUUCAAGAUGAUGAAGAAUGCACCUGCCCAACAUCGACAUUACCAGACUUUCCCAAAGAAUUGCAGAUACUAAGCAGCCCAUGUGAAAAGUGCUGCUGCCCAGCCCCCCCGCCCAAGAUCAGUGACCUCAUGAACGACAAAGAUCUCCUGGACUUACUGCGGCUCAAGCUGGACCCCAACCACUGCACCAUCAAAAACUGGAAGAACUUUGCGAGUCGCUGGGGGAUGAGCUACGAUGAACUGACGGUGCUGGAGCACCGGACCCAGGGCUCUCUGUCCCACAGCCCCACCCAGGAGUUCCUGCUGCGCUACAACCAGAAGACGGUCACUGAGCUCACCGAACUGUGCCGCGUCUACCAGCGCAUCGACGUGCUGCGACUGCUGCAGAGCUGGAUAGAGAAGGACUGGCCGUCGCGCUGGCAACAGACUCAUUAACCCGUUUGACUCGGUAGAUUUCUCCUCUUUAGGGUUGGACGUCGUAGGGAUUUCUUCGUCUUCAUAAGCUCGGAUAAAUUGUACCAAAUUGUUAUCAUUAGUAACUUUAGCAAGUGAUUGUAAGAGAGAGAUAAAACAACGUCCAACUGGUGAUCCAGGUAGCACAGCAUCUCACAGACAGCAUAGCACUUCUAAGAACACUGGUGAAACGUUUGGAUUGUUGAACAUGUGGAGCCAUGCUAGCAGUGGGGCUCUAUGGAUGUCAGGGCUGUGUGUCUGUUGGUCUGUACAUCGUUCCACCACUUUAAUCCGGAACGAAAAAUCUCAAUAUCUGUUGAAUAGAUUGCCCUAAAAUU